AUGAAGAGUGAGUUUUAUGAGGAUCCAUAUCAUCACGUGAUUUAUGAUAACUUUCUGGAUGAUAAAACAUAUAUCAGAAUAGUACAAUUGUACAAGAAAGAACAGUUCAAAGAGUUAAAGACUGAUUUAUUCAGCUUUUUGCAAACGAAUGAGCUGAUUGAUAAAAUCGGAUUUUUUACAAAGGAAUUGGAUAAAAUUUUGAAGAAAGAGCCAGGAAAAGAGUAUCACUAUACUGCAUUUGCGAGUUAUUACAGAAAGAACGACUAUUUAUUGUGCCAUGAUGACUGUGUAGACGGUAGAGAGUAUGCAUUCACGUAUUAUCUGGAUGAUUAUGAAUCAGGUGAGCUAAAAAUCUAUGAAAAAGACUGUACUGUAUUAAACAAGGCCAUUGAAGUAAAAAGAAAUAGACUGGUUGUGUUCAGAGUGGAAUCAACAAGUUUCCAUGAGGUGGCAAAGUGCAACAGUGAUGGUAGAAAAGCAAUAACAGGCUGGUUGUACUCAAAUGAUAGAAAGUUGAAGCAUCACGUUUUUAUGAACAAUUUGGAGGAAACACAGCAGAAUAACGUUACGUACGUUGAUUUGCCUAUUGAUCCACUAACAAGCGACCAGAAUGCCAUUCAGGCACUCGAUCUAUCUGGAUUUAAAGAGAAUAUCAUCAAAACAAGGAUUCAAGGACCAUUCGUUGAUAGAAGGGUGUUUGUGCAUGAAAUAGAGGAAUUUGUUUGUUUUACAAUUCCAGGACUCACCUUAGAAAAAUACUGCUUCUUGGGAAUGGAUUCAGAUAGCUACAUACUCUGCAAUGACAGAAUCAACAUGAUGAAUGACGAUCUAUGCAUCUAUGACGGAUUCCUGUUCCAAAACAACCACAAAUCAUUCAUAAAAUACGUGGAUGAAAAUGGUCAGGUUGCAUUUGCCAUAGACGCAGACAAAGGGAUGUUUGUCAUUCUAAGACGAAACAAAUACAAGAUAUUCAUCAGUGGCCCAUCAGAACAAGUCAACUUCUACCAUUUUAUCUACUCGAAAUAA